CCUCUUCUUCCUCUUCCGGGUCACUGUCCUCACGCUGCAGCAGCAACAUGGCGAGAAGCAAACAGCGCAGGAAAAGAGAGAGUUUGAAAUGUGAAGGAGACGAGGAGGAGGAGGGUGGAAACUGCGGAGGAGGAGGAGAAGAGGAGGAGGAUGGGGCAGCUGAUGGAGGUGAAGAGACAGGGAGGAAAGACAAAGGAGGAGAAGAAGAUGAGGAGUUCAAUCUGGAGGAGGUUCUCAAGCUCGGAGGAACUCAGGCGGACUACAUCUUCCUCGCCGGCCUGGACGACUCCAACGACCUCGUCGAUGGAGGCAAGAAAGGAGCCAUAGACGACCUGGAGGAGGGCGAGCUGCAGAAGUUCAUCAACAAACUGGGCCUCAAGGCGUUCGCCGGACAGAGCGUCAUCGCAGACGAGCCAGAGGGUGAAGACACAGGAGAACCGAGCCAGAAGGAACCGACACAGGCCAAAGCCAAGCCGGCGUCCGGAGAAGAACAAGCCUCCAGCGCUCCGCGGAAAGUUACCGGUGAGCAGCCGGCAGGAAUCACACCAAAGACCAAGAAGACGAAAACCACUGCCGCGAAAAAGGCAAAACAGAACGUGAACGUGUUUGAGUUUCAGCAGAGGCUGGUCCUGCUGGUCAAACCUGGAGGGAAGUGGUUCGACCUGGACUACAGCGCCGAGGGUUCCACCGCCACGCAGGAUCCACAACUGGUCUCCCAGUACAAGGCGCUCGCCCAGCAGCUGUUUGAGGCCGAUGUGGCGCUCUACAAGAGCAAGAAGAACCUGCAGAAAGGAGCCAACUCCUCCUGGAUGAAGACCGUCGUCUCCACUGGCGUGCUGGCAGACAGGAUGGCGGCCAUGACGGUUCUGAUCCAGGACGCUGCGGUGCACACGCUGGAGCACGUGGAAGGCCUGGUGUCCAUGGUGAAGAAGAAGGGCAGCCGGCGGAUGGGUCUGAUGGCUCUGGACACGCUGCGAGAGCUGCUGCUGUCCGACCUGCUGCCGGAGCACAGGAAGCUCCGCACCUUCGCCCAGCACCCGUUCGACCAGCUGGAGGAGAAGGCCAGCGGCAACAGGGACGCUCGCGACCGCCGCCUCCUCCUCUGGUACUUCGAGCACCAGCUGAAGCACCACUAUGCCGAGUUCGUGGUGGCUCUGGACACGGUGGCUCAUGACACGGUGGCAGCGACCAAGACGAAGGCGCUGGCCACCGCCCAUGAGCUGCUGUGCAGCCGCCCGGAGCAGGAGAAGGCGCUGCUCAUCCAGGUCGUCAACAAGCUGGGAGACCCCGAGUACAAGACGGCGGCAAAAGCGUCGUACCUUCUGGAGACGCUGCUGCACAAACACCCCAACAUGAAAGUGGUGGUGUCCUGCGAGGUGGAGCGGCUCAUGUUCCGGCCCAACAUCAGCCCGAAGGCGCAGUACUAUGCCGUCUGCUUCCUCAGCCAGGUGAUGCUGAGCCACGACGAGGCCGAGCUCGCCACCAAACUCAUCACCAUCUACUUCUCGUUCUUCCGCGCCUGCAUCAAGAAAAAGGACAUCGAGUCGAAGAUGCUGAGUGCCCUGCUGUCGGGCGUGAACAGGGCGUAUCCGUACGCCAGCGCCGGAGACGAGAAGGUGAAGGAGCAGCUGGACACGCUGUUCAAAGUGGUUCAUCUGGUGAAGUUCAACACGGCCGUGCAGGCGCUCAUGCUGCUGUUCCAGGUGAUGGACUCGCAGCAAACCGUCUCCGACCGCUUCUACGUCGCCCUGUACAGGAAGCUGUUGGACUCGGGGCUGUCGUCGUCCUCCAGGCAGAGCAUGUUCCUCAACCUGCUGUACAAGUCGCUGAAGGCCGACAUCGUGCUGCGGCGGGUCAAAGCCUUCGUGAAGCGUCUGCUGCAGGUCAGCGCCGAGCAGAACGCCAGCUUCACCUGCGGGGCGCUGUUCCUGGUGUCCGAGGUGAUGAAGGCCAAACCGGGUCUGAAGGUCCUGCUGCAGGAGGACGGGGACGGAGAGGAAGAGGAGUUCAAAGACCUCGCCGAAGAAGGCGAUGAUGAAGAGGAGCGCUUUGUGGACGCUGACAAGCUAGAGGAAGGAGCGAGUGCAGAGAAGGCGGAGCCCAAACCAACGGCAUCGUGGGUACAUCAUCAGAACCUGGAAGGAGGGAAAAAACAGCAGAUCUACGACCCGCUGCACAGAAACCCGUUAUACUGCGGCGCCGACCACACGACUUUAUGGGAGCUGCAGAGGCUCACUGUGCACUUCCAUCCGUCUGUGUCACUGUUUGCAAAAACAAUCCUGGAGGGAGGAUUCAUCCUGUACACCGGGGACCCGCUGCAGGACUUCACCCUCAUCCGCUUCCUGGAUCGAUUCGUCUUCAGAAACCCAAAACAGCUGAGGGGAAAACAAAACACGGAUGCUGCAGCGAUGAUGCCCAAACACAGGCUUCCUCUCAACUCUCUACCAGUGAACUGCGAAGAGUUCCUGUUCAAAGAGGAAAGUCAGAUUCCUGUGGAUGAAAUCUUCUUCCAUCGCUUCUUUAAGAAACGUCAGCAGGAGAAGCAGCUUCGUCGUCCUCGUCGGGACGGAGACAACGAGAGCGUGGACGACGUGGACGAUGAAGAGUUUGAGAAAAUACUCGAUUCCUGUGAGGGAGACUCGUACUUCGCUGACCUGGCAGUUGAUGAUCUGGACUUUGCAGGUAACGUGAAGAGUAAAAAAGGUAAGAAAGGCGCUGAGGCCUCUGACUCGGACGACUCGGACAUGGACGACCUGGACGACGAGGAGGUGUCUCUGGGCAGUAUGGACGAGGAAGACUUCGGAGACGAGCUGGAGGACGAAGGGGGGACGUUCAUGGACGCAGGUGGAGACGAUGACGACGAAGUUCCAGAGUUGGAGGAUGACGAUGAUUCACAGGAAGAGAUGGAGACUCCUCCCACCAAGAAGAAGAGGAAAUCCUCCGAGGAGCUCAACUUCUCUGGAUCUUUAGGCUCUAAACCGGGGAAGAAGAGGAAAGGAAAGAAAGACACGGCCAUGUUUGCUUCUGCUGAGGAGUUUGGCUCGCUGCUGGACGAGAACGCCGGCUCCAAGUUCGACAACAUCGGGCAGAACGCCAUGGCCAACACGGACAAAGCAGGUGUGAAGCAGUUGAAGUGGGAGUCUCAACGUGACGACUGGAUCCAGGGGCGCGACGCCCAAACGCUCCGGAAGAAGAAGACCGUGUUCAACAAGAAGAGGACGACGACGGCCGGCCGAGCCAGGACCGGAGCCAGGACCGGAGCCAGGGCCGGAGCCAGGACGUUCGGGAACAGGAAGAGGAAGAACUGACUGUAGAUGAGGACUUCAUAGAGAGGGGGGGGGCCUUCAGUCCUGUUUGGCCGACCAGGCCUCGUGGUCUCCCUCUCGGAUCCCGUUCACCCCCGCCCACUCGUUGGACUGGUAGUAAACUGGGAGGAAACAGGAGCAGAAACUGGUUUUCAGGGGUCCGCUCCACUUCCCCACGUGGAGAGCAGCCAUGUUCUUCCUUGGUUCACGGGACAUUACUUUCUAAUCAUCGUGUAUUUCUGUGAACAUUUACACUUUAAUAAAUAUCCAAGAGAUUUUCUCCUAUUUUAA